AUGAGUGGGACGUCAUCGACGUCGGUGGUGACGGUGGCUUCUGCAGGAGGGGGAGGGGUGGGGGAGGGGUUGGGGGUUGGUGCGGGUGGAGGGUGUUAUUAUCGGCCACCGUUCACGGCGGUGCAGUGGCAGGAGCUGGAGCAUCAAGCUAUGAUAUACAAGUAUUUAAAUGCUGGCUUACCUGUUCCUCCAGAGCUUGUUGUCCCUAUCCGCCGCAGCUUUGAAGCCCUUUCUUCUCGCUUCUUCCAUCAUCCUAGUUUGGGCUAUUGCUCCUACUAUGGGAAGAAAUUUGACCCAGAGCCAGGUAGGUGCAGGAGGACAGAUGGGAAGAAAUGGAGGUGUUCUAAAGAUGCUUAUCCGGACUCCAAGUAUUGUGAGCGGCACAUGCAUCGAGGCCGCAACCGUUCAAGAAAGCCUGUGGAAUCUCAUUCUGCUUCGCAGUCCUUGUCAACUGCGAUGCCACACAUGGCUGCUGGCAGCAGCAGCAGCAGUGGAAUCUUCCAAAAUAGUGGAACUGGAAGCUUCCACAAUAUGCCCUUGUAUUCUGUUGCUAACUCGGAGGGUCUGUAUUCCGGAAGCAAUGUAACAAAGUUUCAGCUUGAGCCUGUGUCAUAUGGGGGUGAUAAUAAAGAAUAUAGGUAUAUCCAUGGACUGACUCCUGAUGCAGAUCAGCAUAAUUUCUCUCCAGAAGCUUCCGGAAGUGUGGGAAGUCUUGGAGUAGGAUCUGAUGUAGGUAAUACUUGGCGUCUACUUCCAUCCCAAGUUCCAUCGAGCCCCAUGCUGAAAUCUAAAAGUGAUGCACAUACACUGGGUCACUCCUCCGAUCUGCAUAUUGCUCAUGCUUUUGAUCCCAUGAUGGAUGCUAGACUGUCGAAACAGCGGCAGCAACAUUGCUUCUUUGGCAGUGAGAUUGGUUCCCCUGGGCCAGGAAAGCAGGAGCCGCAUUCUAUGCGUCCUUUCUUCGAUGAGUGGCCUACGACUAAAGAAUCGUGGUCCAAUCUCGAUGAUGCUGGAUCAAACAAGAAUACAUUUUCUACAACCCAACUAUCUAUAUCCAUUCCAAUGGCUCACGCUGAAUUUUCUUCAAAGAAUUCUCGUUCCCCAGAUGGUGAGGAAUUCUCUUCUUGGACAAAACAUGACCUGCCACGUCUAUGAUUCCUUACUAAAGUCUUGUAUCGUUCUGAUCAUGCAAAUUCUUAGAACUCCCUUUAUUUGUGUUGCUCGCAGAUGCUUGAGGAAGCUGUCUCUCAGAAUAACUCCAGUCAACUGAUGAUGAUGAUGAUGUUUUUUGUGUACUAUUUACUUGGUUUAAGGUUCAACACCUUUGUCUUGCGUUGACUUCAUGUCAUCCUUUUGGUUGGCUACCGACAUUCUCUGAAAAGGAAAGUAGGUUUGUUGUAAAAUGAAAUACAUGCAAAUUUUCGAUCCAGAAUAAAAGCAUUUUAUGGCAGUUUUUUCCCAGAAUGUGUUUCAUUCCUUCA